AUGGUGAUAUCCACUCCAAAUGUUUUUCGCAGGACCACCACGGUGUUGAUGGCUCUCGCUCUCGCUCUCCCACCUCCUCCUCCCCCUCCUCCACCUCCACCUCCGGCCUCCGGCCACGCUCCAGCCACCACAAACCCCCCGGAAGGCCCUCAACCUGACCUCGCCCUCGCCACCAAUCCUAUGGACGCGCUCCUCCCCUCUGUUGCGCCUCCUCCAUCGCCUUUCUUUGACCUGCCCUAUGUCAAAGCCGGCCAGGUAGCUCUCCGCUGCUUCCUGGGGUGCGGCAACGCCAUGGGCCUGGAGUUUGAGGACGACUGCAAUUACUAUCACCGCCUUGACAUCACCGCCCCAGAACUCCACCUCGCAUCACCCCUCUACAUCGUCUUCGACUUCUCCAACCGCCACCUCAACGCCAUUGUCGUCGCUGCUCUGCUUCAAGCUGUUCUUGGCGGCAGUGCUGCUGACUUCUUCGUGGCCAUGUGCUCUCCUCUUGUUUUCCGCCUCCAUGUUGCCUCAUCGCGUGUCGCGGAGAUCAUCCUCGCCCAAACCAGGGUCCGCCACCGCAACUUCGCCUUCUUCACUAGAACCCUGCCCCCGCUUCCACCACCACCCCAGGCUGCUGCGUCUUGCAUGUCGCUUGCACGCCUGCUUCAAAUUCCAGAUGACCUGGGUCUUCACUUUGAAGGCGUCGCAUGGUCACAACUCCGAUCUCCAGUCUCCGUUGAUCCAUGCAACCAGCCACACGGAUGCCGCAUGUAUGCGCGUGUCAUCCAAUUCCCGUUCGCCCUUAAUGCCACCUCAAUAGCCCUCAUCCUUGCUCGCCUAUUCGGCGGCUUCCACCACAGCUUCAACGUCACGGACGACGGUGACUCAUGUUUCUCGUUCACCGUCGCCUCGCAAGAAGUCGCCAAGCUCAUCGCCUCCAUGGGUGACUUCCACAAGAAGGGCAUGUUGAUCCGUUUCCCCUGGCCACCACCCUUGGGUGGUGCCCGAGGCUCGAUUCCUGGAGAUGCCAUGCCUCCGUCGUAUGGCACCACGUCAUCCUCACCGUCGGCGAUCGUCUCUGCAUCCUUGCCACCAGCCUCAACAACUCUCGAUCUGCCUAAGGUGCGACGACAACGGCCUGGUAUUAGCUUCUUUUACCGCAUGCUUAAUGUUAAUCGUUUUAGCCAGCUCCCCCCUCACGUGCAUUACACUUACCACUCAUUUAUUCUGGAUCACUUUCAUGCCAAUUAGUGUUAGGCCUAAUGAAAUGCUAGUCGAGUCAGCCCUAAAUCACCGUUUUUUGGUCAAACAAGAUUUUCUUGCAGUCAAGGUUCAUGAGCUUAUUUUUAAGUCUGGCAUCUCCCGCUCAAUCAAAUUUCAAAUUCUCAAGCAUGGGUCCCUUGACUUUGAAGGGUUUCGUCUUUUCCUCUUUGACCAGCUAGAACCGGCCGUUGCUCACUCCAGUCGUUUCCUACAUCUAUAUAACAAUUUUUCUUACUCUCCCCUGCCCCCUCGAUCUGCAUCCAUCCUUGGCCCUUUUGAUCAGCAGCACCUGCCUGUCCAUGCACCGCACCAGCCAUCCCCCGCGGUCACGUGCUCGCUGCACGACCGGUCAGCCCUGCAUGAACCCCUGGCCCACCCCAUGCAUAAUGAUGGCCGUGCGGCGGCCCUAGACAAACCAAAUCUUGCAAAAGAUCCGAACGCGGGGACUGCUGCUGCGCAUG